AUGGCGUCGUUCGGCGCGUUUCUCACCGCGUUUCUCGCAGCAGGGUUGCUAGGAACGCUCGUGCUCGCACCGUUUAGCGAUCUCUCACACGCGCCGCUGAAAGAAUCUCCGUCGGAGCAUGGCGUGAUCACGGUAGACGCGACUCGAAAGUCUCCUUCGGAACAUGGCGGCGCGAUCAUGCCGGGAGCGGCGAUUAGGAGAAUAACGGAACUGCUAACCUCCUCAAGGGUGAGGGAGCAGCAGAGGUGCUUGGACGAGCUUCAGCGACUAAGGAAAUGGCGAGAAGAGCUGGGAGCUGACGCAGCAGCAACUGCCAGCUCAGCUGCGCAAUCUUAUCCUUCCACGUCACCUGCCGCGUCAGCCACCAGCGCUGCAGCUGCAACCCGUAGAGGGACGGAGGAGCUGCAAGUGCUCAGUAGUAGCAGUAGUAGUUUGCGUGCCGCCACUCGCUCCUUGCUCAGUUUAGACGAGAGGAGACACAAAGAAUUUAGCAUCAGCAGCGGCAGUGGCAGCAGCCGCGGCGGCGUUGGUAGCAGUAACAGCAGAAGGAGAAGCAUGCAGAGCCAUCUCGAUGGCCCCCCAGCAGCAACAACAACAACAGCCGCAGCAACCAUGUCAGCAGCUGCAGCAGAAUUAGCCUCUGUGCGCAGGCGGCUGCAUCGAGAUGGCAUGCAGAGGCAUCUCGACGCACCCCCCCCAGCAGCAACAAGAGCCGCAGCAGCAGCUGCAGGAGAACCAGCCUCAGUGCGGCGAAUGCUGAGUCACACGUACAGAACUCCCAACCUCAACCCUAACGCCGCCUGCGCCGAGAAUGAGACGAGCGUUGCCGCCCUCAGAGCCCACCUGGCCGCCAAGGCGGUGCAGCUGCGGGCGACUCAAGUGCAGAUCGAAGAAAUGCAGCGCACUGUGGGCCGAGUCAACUACCAGAAGUUUCUCCUGGACUAUGCUCUCUCCGAGACUACUGUUGACUGGAACGACCGCCUGCUGCCGCCACAGAGGAUGGAGGAUGCACGCCGGGCUAUAGCUAGCUGCACUGCCAAUGGUGUUGUUGUCACGUCAAAGAAACUGCAACUCUGGAAGGCCUAUGCAUGCGAUGCAUCGGACGAUGACAUCUACUCCUUUCUCGAGUACGAUCCAAACCGGCUGUGCCCAGAUGACUGGCUGGCGACCCAGGCGCUCAUAUUCACCCACAACUGCUUCGCGCUGCCCAAGCGCCGCUGCAUGGCGCGCACCAACCAGCUGUGGACUGAGCCGCUGCCCUUCCCAGCAGCGCUGUUCACCCAAAGCGCACUGAAGGACGAGAACGUGCGGUGGAGCCUGCACUCCUGCAAGUCGUUCACGUGCCUGAACACGCGCGUGGUGGGCGACUGUCGCAACUGCUUCAACCUCACGCUGGAGAAGAACCGAUGGCAGCGCGGGUUCCGAGGGUCGCUGCCCAUUCCCGUCGUCAUCAAGAUGAAACGCGGGUCAUUGAGGCUCGGGCUAGACGCGGGCGGAGGCACGGGAACGUUUGCAGCGCACAUGGCGCUUUACAACGUGACGUGUCUCACGACAGCGAUGAAUGUGGAGGCAGUGGCAGGGCGGACAGGCGGACUGCCUUACAUGGAGACCCUGGCUCACCGGGGGCUCAUCCCCCUCUGGUUACCACACAAGGCUCGCUUGCCCCUCUUUGACAACACCCUAGAUCUCGUGCAUUGCGUCAACAGCAUCAAGUACCUGCCUGUGUUGGAAUUCGAGGAGCUCAUCUUCGAAUGGGACAGGGUUCUCCGAGUCGGUGGAGUCAUGUGGUUUGAGAUGUUCUACGCGCCUCUUGAUGAAAUGCCACUCUAUAUCGCUAUCAUCGAGCAGCUACAGUACAAGAAGCUACACUGGAACAUUACUCCCAAGCCCGACAGUGGCGAGCGGAAGGGCAUGCAUGUUUAUUUGAACUGUGUUAUCGAGAAACCCGUGCGCCGAGACAGAUAA